GGGAAUUGAGCGACUGGCGGCUUUGGGCCGGCCUCUUUGGGCUGAGCAGACUCCCUGGUCCCAUCUGCCCAGCAGGGAGCGACCAACAGUCCUGCAGCUUCAACCACUCACAGCGAGGGCCGCCCAGAGCCCAGCCGUUUGUUCAAGAAACCCCAGGUCCCAUCCGAUCAACCCGCUUCCCACGCCCUCUCCCCUCUUUGAUACUACCACAGCUUCUUUGUUGUACCAUUUUUAGCACUCCUGCCCCAUAUCCCCAUGCCGACCUGACAGCUUUAUUCUAGUUUUUCAUUCUGCAUCCCCCAGAACUAACAACCUGGAACGAGUAAUCGCUCACAUCACCAUCGUGAACUGUAUAUCCAACUUUUAUUCUCUCAUACAACCGUAAGAGUUCAGGAUCAUCUCAUUCGCCAUGUUGCGGAAGAAGGACACCUUCACCGUCAUCACGCCCAUCCCGGGCUUUAUCCCCCGCCAACUCGCCAUUGAUAUUCUUCAUUCUCAUUCAGAAGUCAUCACGCUCAACCCACUGGUUAUCGACCACAAGCCCAUCGCGGCGCCUCAAAAUGCCGAGACCGAUGAGUAUUACUCGACUUGGUAUGAGAUCACGGAGCGCCUCCAGCUCGUGCCUGGAAUCGGUAAGAUGGGAUCCUCAACUAUCAAGUUCAACGGCUGCUUUCACGAUAUGCCCUGGGGGCUUCAAACACACGUCUACGCGCCCAUGAAUAUCGACAUGCGCAGCACCUAUCGCAUCGCGGGUAACCAACCCGGUGUCGAGCCCCCCGAGGUGCCAGAGAUUGGCCUCAAAGCAUUAGGCGUACCUUCAGACGGACUCUACCUCCGCGAGGACAUCGAAAUCAAGUGCAACGUCACCAUGGUCAGCUAUGUCAGGUCUCAGAUGAAGAAGGCGUCGGCCGAAAUGGUGCAGAGGAUGAUCAAGAAGGCCGAGCUGCUGGAUGCCGGUGUGCUGUCAGCCAUGAUUGAGGACGGAAAGCUGAAGACGCUCAACCCAGCCGACAGACGCAACACUGUACGAUCACCAUUGCCGUCUCCUUCCAGUCUUCACUACCCACCGUCUGUCAACGGCGGCAGCACCCCGCCGCAGAUGCACUCACCAAGAAUGCCGUACCAAAUCCCCAGAGUCACAUCAGUGCACAGCCCCUACGGACGACCCGGCACGGCAGGCUCUCAAGGGCCGGGGGGUCUCCAGCAGCAAAUCCAAGCAGCCCAGCAACAGCAGCAACAACCACCCCAAUACGGGCAAAUCCCCCAUGAUAACGGCCCCCAGGAACUCCCCGGCGUAGAGGCCGGCCAAACCAACAACAACUUUGCCGUCGAAAUGCCUGGCGACUUUGUCUUUGCCAAUGUUGAUCCAAACCGCCCCCCCACCAACCACGGCAGUCCACACUCGCAGCAGGGCCAGUGGUCGAAUGCGGGUUCACGCCCGGCGAGUUAUCAGUCAAGCAUCACGUCUCCGAACCCUGAUCUAAAAGGGGGGUACCCAGGGCAGCAACAGCAGUUGGCGCCGCAUAGGGAGACGAAUGAGGAGCAUCACACGGGGCAGAGGAAGCAUGAUUCGAUUCAGAAGUCGCCUUAUGCGGCGUAUAACCCGGCUGAUUACGCAAAGGUUCCUUCGCCUUUGCAGCCGGGCGGGGGGCAGCAGCAGCAACAGCAAGGGCAGCAGUAUACGCAGCAGCGGUAUGGAUAUUGA